UGGGAUCAGAGGAUAAUUACUUUCUCUCAAUUGAAACCCAUUCAUAUUUUUCGACUCUACCGGAAAGGGCGUGACUUCGCCACUCUAUGGGUCCAUGACAUCCAGACUUUUCCCGGGAAGAAGAUUCCUGCGCCCGGGAGUUUGCAAACCAUUUCAGGUUUUGUUGAUAGCUAAUGCAAGUGGUAAUAAGCCUUAAUCUUUCAAACCUAGUCCUUCUCGACCUCUCGUAUCUUGUUACAGUAUUCCAUUAUUUUUUUGUUAUCCACAAUAGGGUAAAAUAUGUUGAUAAACAUGUCGCCGUGCGGACCAACUUUGGAAGAACAGCUUUCGUCCAUAAUGGACGUACUUGCGAAAGCUGCCGUAUCUGAAAUUAGCCAACUGUUCUCGGAAGGCUCAGCUACCCUUCGAUUACAAAUUACUCAGAGCCUGAAAGAAAACCAAGCGCUGAGGAAGAGGAUGAAGGUGAUGAGGAGUACGCUGUUUUCUUUUCGGAUUCAAUCGAGAUCAAAUGCAUCGUGUGCGGCAAGUCGUUUUACCCUGGCUCGAGACAACAUCUGCAAACCACAGACUAAACCACAGGGCGAUGAACACUGCGAUGUCUUUGGAGACCGCAGCACACAGCGCGGCGCCACCUCAGAGAGUCUUUACGCCCCUGGCUCCUCCCACAUGUCCAGUCACAGCGAGGAGCUGAGGAUCCUGAGCGUCCACGGAAAAGGGGAGGGUCCACUGGCGUUGGACGUCCAUGACACACUCUUCACCGCGUCUGAACGGGAGGCCUUGAACUCGCUGUCUGCAGACCACAGCGUGGUCAAGAGCCUGGAGCGCGGUGAGCAGCUGGUCCACCAUGAGGAGCUGACUGUGCAGCAACAGACCCCAGACACCAUUUUAAUCAAGGAUGAAGAGGAUAUUGGUGGAGGCAUGCCUGCUGUAGAAGACUGCGAUGACUUUGGAGACUGCAGCACACAACACGGCGCCACCGUGGAUAAUCUGCACGCCCCUGGCUCCUCCCACAUGUCAAGUCACAACAGGGAGCUGCGGAUUCUGAGCGUCUAUGGAAAUGGGGAGGGCCCACUGACGGGGGAUGACCAUGAUAACCACUUCACCUCGUUCAAACCGGAGGCUCUGAGCUCGCUGCCCGUGGUACACAGCGUGGGAAAGAGCCUGGAGCGCGGCGAGCAGCUGGUCCACCACGAGGAGCUGACUGGCCAUCGGGGCGGCGGCAAGGACCAGCCCGGUGUGUUGCCUGGCAACGGUUUCCCCGACAAUACCAAUAUGACCAUCCACAUGCGUACCCACACCGGCGAGAAGCCGUACGGGUGCGACCAAUGCACAAAGCGCUUCCAAAUGAAAGGCAGCCUGAAGAUCCACCUGAGGACUCACUCCGGGGAGAAGCCCUACAGUUGUGAGCAAUGCGUGAAGCGCUUCAAUCAGAGCUCCGACCUGAAGGUUCACAUGUGGACUCACUCCAGGGAGAAGCCCUACAGGUGUGACCAAUGCGUGAAGCGCUUCAGUACGAGCUCUCUCCUGAAGACCCACAUGAGGACCCACUCCGGGGAGAAGCCGUACGGGUGUGAUCAAUGCAUGAAGCGCUUCACACAGAGCUCUCUCCUGAAGAGACACAUGAGGACUCACUCCGGCGAGAAGCCGUACGGGUGUGAUCAAUGCAUGAAGCGCUUCACACAGAGCUCUCACCUGAAGGUCCACAUGAGGACUCACUCCGGGGAGAAGUCCUACAGGUGUGACCAAUGCGUGAAGCGCUUCAGUACGAGCUCUCACCUGAAGGUCCACAUGAGGACUCACUCCAGGGAGAAGCCCUGAAGGUGCAACGCCAGCCUCAGUGACCCUAGCAAUUUGCGUUGGCACAUGCUCAAGCACAGAGGCAAUGGGGUGCUUUGACACGGGCAAUGGGACCUUUUAAUUCACACCUCUAUCCUGUUUUUGUUUAAAUUUGUCUGCUGUAUUGAUUUUUUAUUCAUGAUUAUAGACACUUUCCAACUUUU